UUUGACACGUUGCUUCCUCCCGUAGCCGCGGUGGACAGUUCCUUUGGCCUCCGCGGACCGAGGCAAACCGCCUGCACCGUGGAAGGGUGAUGGUGAAGGUCGUUUCGGGGGUGCGCUCGCCCCUGACUCCGCAGCGUUGUGAGUCAGAUGAGAGAGGGUCAGAUGCAGCCUGUGGGCUUGUUCCGCACGGGAGGCUAACAGAAUUACCCUUCAGCGUGAGCUUUAUCGGGAGAGCCUCGUGGCCGUGGCGGGCCGCGACCCGGCCUUGAGGUGGGAGGAUGUUUCGAGAGCGUUAGGAGAGGUAGCUGCGUGUCCAGUGCGGCGGGGACGCCGGGCAAAAGCAACCGCGAAGUCCGGCGCUGAGGCCUCCGGAGGUGCUGGAGUCGGACGUGCCAACUUCGGUAACGCUCUUGAAAAACCUCCAGGAGCAGGUGAUGGCUGUAACUGCACAAAUACAAGCACUGACAAAGAAGGUUCGAGCUGGGACAUACUCUACAGAGAAGGGUCUGAGCUUCUUGGAGGUGAAAGACCAGUUGUUGCUCAUGUACCUGAUGGAUCUGAGCCACCUCAUCCUGGACAAAGCCUCCGGAGGGUCUCUGCGUGGACACCCUGCGGUUUUGAGGCUGGUGGAGAUUCGAACGGUUUUAGAAAAACUUCGUCCCUUGGACCAAAAACUGAAGUAUCAAAUUGACAAACUGGUCAAGACUGCAGUGACGGGCAGCCUCAGCGAGAAUGACCCACUGCGUUUUAAGCCUCAUCCUAACAAUAUGAUAAGCAAGUUGAGUUCUGAGGAUGAAGAGGAAGAUGAAGGAGAGGAGGGCCAGUCUGAGGCUUCAGGAAAGAAAUCUAUAAAAGGAGCGUCUAAGAAGUAUGUCCCACCACGCUUGGUUCCAGUACAUUACGAUGAGACAGAAGCUGAGCGGGAGCAGAAGCGACUGGAAAAAGCCAAGAGACGGGCACUGAGCAGCUCUGUCAUCCGAGAGCUGAAGGAGCAGUACUCAGAUGCCCCAGAGGAGAUCCGUGACGCCCGGCAUCCGCACGUCACUCGGCAGAGUCAGGAGGACCAGCAUAGGAUUAAUUAUGAAGAGAGCAUGAUGGUGCGAUUAAGUGUUAGCAAGCGAGAAAAAGGACGGCGAAAGCGAGCAAGUGUGAUGAGCUCACAGCUUCACUCCCUCACACACUUCAGCGACAUCAGUGCUUUGACGGGAGGAGCCGCCCAUCUUGACGAAGACCAGACCCCUGUUAAAAAGCGGAAGAAGAUACCCAAGAAAGGUCGGAAGAAGAAAGGUUUUCGGAGGCGCAGGUGACAUGCUUACACACUUUAUCAUCCGGGGAUGCUUCUAACCUCACUGUAUGUAGGUGUAUCCUUGGGCUCUGUUUGCCUUGGAAAUGUGGAAAUAUCUUUACUAAAUAAAAUUGGUUUUGUUUAUGAAUGAA